GAAAUUUAAGUGUGUUAGUAAUAGUAGUAGUUUGUGUGUCUGUGUGUGUGAUAGUGGUUCCAGAGGCCAUGUGGACAUCCCGUCGUCGAUCUGGAUGCAGUGCACCAUGGACCUGACCAGAUGCCGCGCCGCUUAACCCCACUCUGCCAAACAAAGUCACCGCCGUAACCAUGUAACUGUCCAACAUGCUACUAAAACCACUAAAACCACUAAAACCAGCCAGCUACAAUUAAAGCCAGCCGCUUUAGAGGAUCGGGAGCAGGAGCAGGAUCAGCUGACGGAGGAGGAACUAGCCGCUCUAGCAGCACAAAACAUACACUGAGAGAAACAGCAUGGCCGGGCCGCAGGUGCAGCACAGUCAGCGACCGAAUAGCGCCUACUACACGGGUCUGAAUGGUGGUUCCGGCGGCGGAGGAGGAGGAGGAGGAGUUGGGGGAUCCUCCGCCGGAAUGUCAAGCAGUGCAUCGCACACCGGACUGCAUGCCCUGCGCCAGGUGAGCAACGAAACGGAGCUAAUCUACCGUGGAAGCCACAGCAAUGGCACCGUCAACGAGCUGCCCUCGAGCGCCCAGCAUCACCUGCUCACAGGACGAGCGGCCCAGCAGCAGGUGCACCACCAACAGCAGCAGGUGCAUCACCAGACGGUGAGCAGCAUCGCCGGCACCGGAUCCAGUGUCACAGACGCCCUAAUCAGCACCAUUAAUUCUGGCGGCGGUGCCGGUGGUAGUGGUAGUGGUGGAGGUGGAGGUGGUGGUCCCUCUGGCAGCAGUUGCUCCACGGCGGCCUUGGGCAUUAAAAAGUCGAGCACGCAGCGCAGCAUCGAGAUAAUUGUGGACGCCAGUCAGUGUGGCAAGGAGCUGGUGGCCAGUGGACCGGGAUCGGGUGCAGCGGGCUCUGCGGCAGCUAUUGUGUCCACACUGGACGUGGAGGAUGUGGAGCAGGGCGGCGGCGGUCAGGAGUCCUCCUCCUCGCAUAGGAAAUCAUCGCGACAUCGCCAUCGACCGCUGCACCGGCGGCUGAUCACCUAUCUGCGGAACCUCUUCCAGGGCAGCACCACCCAGAAUGAUUCGGAACUGGAGGAGUUCGAAACGCCGGCAAGGUACAGGCCCGACUCGCUAAGUGCGCUGAGCCGCGCCACACGCUUCACGGAAGACGAGAUCAAACGAAUUUACCGGGGAUUUAAGGCUGAGUGCCCGACGGGCGUCGUCAAGGAGGACACCUUCAAAGUGAUCUACUCGCAGUUCUUUCCACAGGGAGCCAAUCCAACCUUAUACGCGCACUAUGUAUUUAAUACACUGGAUCAGGAUCACAGCGGCAUUGUCAGCUUCGAGGACUUUGUUCAAGGACUUUCGAUACUGUCGCGCGGCUCCGUGGAGGAGAAGCUGCGCUGGACCUUCUCGCUGUACGACAUCAAUGGCGAUGGCUUCAUUACGAGGGAGGAAAUGACUGACAUUGUAACUGCCAUAUACGAGCUGAUGGGCCGCCUGCCGGACGAGUGUCCCGAGGAGGAGAAGAUCAAGGGCAAGGUGGAGCAGAUCUUCCAGAAAAUGGAUACCAAUCGCGAUGGCGUGGUCACGCUGGAGGAGUUUCUGGAGGCCUGUCGCAAUGACGACGCCAUCUCCCGGUCGAUGUCCUACACGGUGCCCCGGCGGCGGCGACAUCAGCCGUCGGCACAGCAGCAGCAUCUGCAGCAUCAGAAGCAUCAGCAGGAGCCAGAGAAACGUAAGUCCAACCACAAGACGAAGAACAAGCAACAGCAAAAACAGCAGCAACCACAUAGCACUAGACAUCAAAACUGUUGUCACAUAAUCGACAUGGAUGGCGAUAGCACCACCAGCACCACCACCGCCUCGGCGGCCACUGGAACCACACUCAAUUGCAAUAAUGUCCUAUAUGAUUACGGAGCGGUCGGUGAGGAUGACGAGGAGCAGGACGAUGAGGAUGAUGAGGACUCCGAGGAGGAGUACAGAUCCUUUGUCUGCCGCCACUGCCAGAGGCCGCAGCAGGCGGUGGUGCAGCCAACCAGAUCCGGUCGACGAUCGCAGUCGCAGUCCAAGUCACGCAAGCGCAGCAAGAGCAGGAAGCGCCACCAGAGCAAACAGGGUCACCAUCAGGGCCAGCAUGGCCAGCAGGGUCACCAUGGUCACCAUGGUCAGCAGCUGACCCGGUGGCCGGAAAUCAAUGUGGCCAACGAGCAGGCCAUUCGCUUCCGGUGUCCGCAGGUGGGGCCGCAGGUGGGUCGCGACCUUCACACCCCCCAGCCCAUGCACUUCCAUCACCCCCAGUCGCAGAGCCAGAAGGCCAAGAGCAGCAAGUCCCGACCGCGGAAGCAACGGGCAUGCCCAGCUGCUCCGCUAUCGAAAGCAGCAGCCGCAGCAGCAGCAGCAUCUGGCCCAUCUGCACCACCUGCGCCACCAGCAGAGCCGCCACAGCUAGCGCCCUCCGAACUGCACCCCCUUCCCCCCCUCAACGUGAUUGUGGGCGGGGCCGACGAGGUCGAGGUCGAUCCGCAGCACCCACAGCCGCCCACCACCCCCGACUCGCCGUCGCUGGUCACCGUGAGCACCUGGUACACGGUGGCCAAGCAGGGGGUCUCCUGCUAAUCGCGGUGAGCAAAAUUUGCAUAGAAACUAAAUGAAAUGCGUAGCAAGAAAGACAACACGAAUCUGCCAAAAUAAAAAUCCAGGUACCGCACGUCCAUUAAUAUGCAAUUAUGGAUGUGUUUGUGCAAUUGUGAAAAUAAUGAAAGUGUGCGGAAAAAUUGGAAUGGCCAACGAAAACACGAUUUUAUCGGCAUAAUUGUCUGGGUUGCAUUUAAAGGGAUGCAAGCAGUGCAGCGCAGUUCUCAAGUGUACGUACAUUGUGGCACCGGAAGUGCCACUGCUUGCGCCCAAAAACACAGAUACAUAUAUGGAAAUUGACAGUGUGUGAGUGCACGCAACCUACACGGAACCCAUUGAAAAUUGAAAAUGUACGAAACGAAAGCUUUACACAAUGAAACUAAAACUAAAACUAAAAAACUUACUCUUAACGAUUUAAUGAAACAUAAAUAGAGAGAAAUUUAAUCUACACAGAAACUAUAUUUAUACGAAAAGAAAAUAGCAAGGAAAAAUACUAAUUACAUUAAAUUGGAACCAGUUUGACUUUCUAUUUGAAAUAUAUGUAAACACACGACACACACACACAUGCACAAGCAAAAUGCCUGUGGGUAAAUAAAUGUGUAAAUCAAAAUAAUAGCCGCAAAUACAAAAGCGACGUGAACGAGAAUGGAGAAUUGGAGAAAUGUUCCCCAGGGCGAAUGCGUAAUGUUGAGUGUAUUGUUUCUGCGCAUAUAUUCUCCAUUAGCAAAUUAGUGACAAUGAUGAAAUGUCAUCAAGUCGGCCGGCAAUAUGUACGAUAUACAUCUGGUGUGUGUGCCUGGUGUGUGUGCCUGUUGUGUGUGCGGGUGUGCAAGCUAAAUCAAAUAAAAACAAAUGUUUGAAUCAGAAAUUGGACCACAGCAAACAAAGAAGUAGCAUAAAAUGAUAUCCACUGUAUAUGCAUAUUAUAUUUACAUAUGUAUAUAUAUAAAUAUAUAUAUAUAUAUAUAUACAAAGAAUAUAUAUUGAUAUAUACCAGGCAUACAGUAUCUAUCAAGUGCAUAGGUGUGUAAUUGUAAUUUUUUGUAGCUAGAACUAAGGGACACACAGAAAAUAAACGGAGAACUAUUAGAAAUUGGAUUAAUUGGACAUCUUGUUGUACAUAGUUAGUGAGUGGUUUUUUUCGCCGUUAAACCAACUACAAAUCUUUCUCUAUAUUAACUCUAAACUCAAAGUAAUUGUUGCAUUUUUAAGCCCUUUAAAUACAUAGCUGUGUACUUAGCUGUAGUCUUCCAGAAGUAAUCGAACAAAAAUCGAACCGAAAUGCAGAUGAUAACUCUAUUCCACUUAGAUUGAACCUGUAGCAAAUUUGUACCUUAGCCGAAACACCCACAAAAAGCUUUCAAAAACAAUAAAACUCUCUUCUUAAUAGACAAAAAACCAAAAAAAAAAAAAAGAAAACCGAGUCCAAUAAAUAGAGCCCAUAUAUACAAAACUGUUGCUGUCCUAGUUGAAGAGGAACUGUAUUAUUUUUGGAUAAAUGUUAUCGAUUUUCUGCCCACUUCCAAGGUUAUUCAAUGUUAGAUCCUUCGAACUAUUGGUUUCCCACUGCAUAUAUGUAUGUACAUAUGUAUGUAUGUAGCAUAUACAUAUGAUCGGUCUGAUCAAGGGCACGACAAUAUCGAAAAGGAGCCACAGAAGUACUAAAUAACAUAUAUAAUACCCUCCCACCCACACACACACAAUACUUCCCCUCUCUCUCUCUAACUAACACUGUCUCCCUCU